AAACGACAGGUAACUUAAAGGUUACUUCCCGUUGAGCGUGGGGCGGGAGUCCAGCUAGAACCAGCACGGAGCACAGUGGAGGGAUGGGUAUGGAGAGGGCGGACUGUCUGGCCCUCGAUCGCAGACCGAUUCGAGGCUCUCUCUAGGUCGACAGACAAUCCUCGGGCGGGCUAAUUUCGAUUCGCGCUUCUUCGUGCGCUCUGGGGAGAGCGGAGCAUCGACGAGAGCCUGGGGAGCGGCCGAGCUGCAGGACAGGAAGCGUGUGAAGGAAGGCCCGGGCGCGCUCUUUGCGUUUGUCAGUCGCUCGCGCUCGCUCAGCUUUGUCUGCGCGCGAUUUGACGUUUUGAUCUGGUUUGAAUGAGUGAGCGGACUGGGGCCUGCAGAGCGGAGGGUUGGGGCAAUUGCGGUGGUGCGCAGGUUGUCUGGGAGGGUAGAUCUGCAUUGUAGUUGGAAGGACAGGAAGGGAGGAGAAGGGAGCUGAGUCGGGAGCUGGAGGAGGUGGGGUUUUUGGGUUGAGGGGUCACUGCCACGCGAGUCGGAUCGGUCGGUGCCUCGCUUUGAGGGUUCGAGGAGGGGAUCUUCUCAAGAGUGGAACUUCGUAUCGUGUUGGUAGAAAUGACGGGUGGUCAUUGCCGGUCGCGCAUUGGGGUUCUGAUUGUGGCGUUUGCACUGAGUGUUCUUUGCGUCGUCGCGGACACCGAUAAUAAUAAGAUAACGAAGCCUUGUCAGGAUACUACCGUGAAGAAGUACGAUGGGUUCACAUUUGGGCUGGUAAUCGCAAAGAAUGAAUCUUUCUUCACAAAGGGCAAGAACCCCGUGCAGCUGUCGCCUUGUGACAAGCGCUUGACCAAUUUGAACAGUGGCCAGGUUGCAGUAUUCAGGCCGAAAGUUGACGAGAUCAGUCUUUUGAUUAUUAACUCCAGUUCAGUGAACCCUCAAAACUUUGGUGGGAACGCGGUCGUCUUCGCUGGGAGUAAAUUCGCGGCCGUCUCAGCUCCCAUAUUUCUUGCCAACAACACGUACCGCGUCACUAGUUUGUCACUGGUUUUGAAUUUCGAGAAGGGUAGACUGAUACAGAUUUUGUGGAAGAACGACAAAUGCAAGUCGUGUUCAGGAUCAAAUAGCACUAUUGUCUGCUUGAAAGGUGGCCAGUGCGCAGUCAAGAGCAGCAAGUGCAAAGAAUCCGGGGGAACAACUGACUGCAGUUUGAGCAUCCAGACUGCAUUUUCCGGUACUGAUAAGUACGAUGAUGUACUGAACACUUGGUAUCAGGUGGACAAGCUACAACAAUAUUCGCUGUAUGCGCUGUACAGUAACUUGAAGUCAACCCUGUCUCAAUUCAACCUUUUUUUCUGAUGAGGUUGUUCUUCAACCACUUAAGAUCCCCAUCACUUCCCAACAAAGCAUUGUUCGUCCUCGUACUCCCCCGAUAUUGAAGUAUGGAAGUAGCAGUGGGAACUGGCGCUGCUUCGAGGUUUCGGUGGGUUACUCUAGAAGAACAGAACUGCGACUUCUUGGUGCACAACGUCAGUAAGGACUGACAACCGCACGAAGGAAAGUCAAUAUAUUUUGACGAGAUUCGUGGCCACUUCUGGUGGUCUAUAGCAGCCAGGAUAUAUGCUAGAUGGGUUCAUAGAUUUGCAUGUUUUUCAAGUGGACCUGCAAUGUUUGUAGGAUGUGGUCGCAUGGUUCUCUCAGUACUGCAUGUAGUAUGUAGAAAAUUUUCAUUCUUUGGGAGAAUCAGGAGAGCUCUGCAUUUUCAAGUAAAAGUGGUCGCACCUUGAUGAGACCAGGUUUGUUCAUAGGUUUGCCUGUUUGCAGAAGUAGACUUAAACUGCUUAGUAUGCAGUUGAAAGUUUGUAGCCGUAACGCAUGAUGUAUCUAGAUCAACUCAUUCUUUCGGAUAAAUCAAGAGAGCUUUUAAGUUUCAUCAAAAAAAUGUGAUCGAGCUUC